AUGGCUACUACUGUUGAAACCGCCGAAAAUCCAUAUGCCACUUACCCAAGUGUAGCAAGAACUGCAUCAAUUAAUGGGUUUGCUGAUAAUAUUUAUGCUCAAUUACCAGAAUGUGCUCAACCAUGUAUGUAUCAAAAUACUGGAAUUACCCCAUGUCCAUAUUGGGAUACAGGUUGUUUAUGUGUCAUGCCACAAUUUGGUGGUGCAAUUGCUUUAUGUGUUGCUGAAAAUUGUCAAGGUAGUGAUGUUGGAGUUGUUGAAUCUUUAGCUACUUCAAUUUGUUCAAGUGCUGGUGUUUGGGAUCCAUAUUGGUUUAUCAAUGAUGAAGCAAGUGCUGCUUUAGCUAGUGCUGCUAAUGUUGAAGCUGCUACUACUGUUGCUACUACUGAAGCUGUCGCUACUACUGAUGCUCAAGAAGCUUCAACUGUUGAAGCUACCCAACCAGUUGAAACUAGUGCUUCUGAACCAGUUGCAACCACUAGUGCUGAAGUUGUUGAAGAAGAAGCUCAAACUUCAAUUGCUGCUGAAGGUGAAGCUACCACCUCUGCUGAAGAAGAAGUUACUGCUCCAGAAACUACUGAUGUUGCUCCUGUUGUUGAAGAAGGUGAAGUUGCUGAUGAAGAAAGUGUUUCAGCUACUGAAACUGCCACUGUUGACGCUGAAGCUACCUCAAUUGUUGCUGAGUUAGAAAAUGGUGCUAUCUUACCAGGUGUUGCUAUGGGAGGUGUCAUUGCUGCUAUUGCUGCUUUAAUUUAA